CUGAUGUCAUUUGGCAGAAAGGGAGGCUGAGCUAACGGUGGAUAUACGGCUGGAAAGCAUAACAAUAACGUUACCGUUUUACCGUCCACACCGGGUCCCACACCGUCCCUUUUGGGUUGAAAUACGCUGCGUGCCUACGAUCUCCUCACCGUGGUCCGGAGAAGAAAGAGGAGGUGGAGGAAGACGUGAAGCUGGCUGGCUAACAGUACCAGAUGCUAUUCCAGCGGAGAAGGGGGACGAAUAAGCAAGAGACGGUGAUGGGUUCUCGUUUUCCUGACGGGUAACGUUAGACCUUUCGCUAAAUACAAAAAACACGGAUACCACGAAGUGAGGGGGGCUUGCUUUACCUCUUCUGCACCACCGUUUGUGUGACAUUGUGUCUGAAAUGUUAGCGCAUUCGCGGUUUCGGCCGUCGAGCACCUUCUGGGCCGCAGCUCGGCACACCGAGCCCGAAUCAGGAAAGUAGCUAGCUAGCUAUCUGCUAGCCGCAGCUGUACCCGAUGCUGCUGCUGCUGCGGCGGCCGCUGCUGCUAAACGGAUCCGAAAGACAACACAAGCGAUUCGGGGACUUGGCGCUGAGUGAGCUGUUGUUUCAUCUCACUGGACUACAACGGGCAUUUGAGAUGUGAUGCUUUUGUGCGUCGUACUUGAGCCUUUUGUAGCUGGAGGCUCUCGCUUGCUUGACGCGAAGGAGCUAACGUUGCUGCAAAAUGCACAGCGGAACCACAACAGCAGGCUCCUGCUGAAGGGGGCGAGGUUAGACUGAUAACAGCCCACCGUGUGUCUCUCAACGCUCGGGGUCACAUUUGGACAACGACCACCACAUUUCCAUCCCCCCUUCCCGGUCAUUCACCGCCCCUUAAGUUGGCGAUAUGGAUAAACUAACGAUCAUUUCAGGGUGCCUGUUUCUGGCAGCAGAUAUCUUUGCAAUAGCCAGCAUUGCAAACCCGGACUGGAUCAACACUGGUGAAUCAGCAGGUGCCCUUACAGUCGGUCUAGUCCGGCAAUGUCAGACCAUCCACGGACGAGACCGGACCUGUAUCCCACCACGGCUGCCCCCGGAGUGGGUCACCACACUUUUCUUCAUCAUCAUGGGCAUCAUCUCCCUCACAGUCACCUGUGGACUGUUGGUGGCAUCUCACUGGCGCAGAGAAGCCACCAAAUACGCCCGCUGGAUUGCCUUCACUGGCAUGAUCCUCUUCUGCAUGGCGGCACUCAUCUUCCCCAUAGGCUUCUAUAUCAACGAGGUGGGAGGCCAGCCGUACAAGCUGCCCAACAACACAGUGGUCGGCUCCUCAUACGUGCUGUUUGUCCUCUCCAUCUUCUUCACCAUAGUGGGACUGCUGUUUGCAGGCAAAGUUUGCCUCCCAGGCUGAGAACUCGACUGUGCCUGCCUCUGGACUGGCACAAGAGGCUCUGAAAUUUUUAUGGGGAUUUACAAAAACACACAAUGACUGAAAAUCAAAAACAACAAACUCUGGCCAGAAGCCUGAAACAGGGAAGUCUCUGCUUAUGUGUCAAGGGACCGCAGCACCAUGGAGUACUACUAAAAGAUGAAAACGAAUAAACGAACAAAACACUAAAGGGGGACAUGGGCACAAAGGGGUGGAGGAGUGUGAGAGAGGGCAGCUGAGGCUGUCGCAGCACCCUGCCACUGUUGAUUUAAAAUAUGGUCGUCUCUCUGUUGUUGUUCGGUCGGAAAGGGUGCUUAAUGUGCCGCUGUCAUGGCAACCGUGGCCACAAUGCUGGCGCACAUUUCUUGAGGACCACUACAGCCACUCCUCGACUUGACUCCCGGUCGCCUGCCCUGCCGCCCUCAGCACACAUCUGCACCGUCACGACCGCUCCUGUUGCUAUUUUUGGCUUCUCUUAGCUAUUUCAGUUGUGUGUGUUUCUGUUGUUGUACAUUUUGUGUUCUUUUUUUUUUUUUCUAACACCGCCCCCAACUGCUUUUCCACUGAGGUAGUUUGAGUGUAAUUGAGGUUCACUGAACUAAACCCUUGAGGGAUAUUGGGUGGUGGGGGUGGGGGUUCUGCCUGCUUGGCUUUAGAGCACGGUUUAUUCUCGCCUGUCGCAUCACAUGGCCCCAGGUGUGUGGUUGGGGAGAGCAGCUGUGAUCCCAGCUGUCUGGGCCAACACACACAGGCUGCUGUGGAUGAGAGGAUGAUGCAGGUGUGCCGCCUCUUUAUCUCCAACCAGCUCCAGUUCAGGAGCAGGUAGCAAUGUGGGGUCACCUCCGUGGGCAACAGGAUGGGAGGUCAAGCACCAUAAAGGAGAAUGCCACUCAAUGUAAGACCUUGCAUAAUGUUGUUUAUAUGGACAGCAAUAAAAUAUCAGUGAGUGUAGACAGCUGUUUUGCAAAGCUAAGCCCACAGUUCUGACGCACAUCUUUUGCCAAUAACUAGGAGACUGUGAAUUUAUAGCAUAAUCAUCUGAACAUAAACACACUUCUUGUACUUGUAGUAAUAAUCUCAAUCCUGUUAAAUACAGCCGCAAGCACAGUGACCUUCAAAGUAUUUUUCAAAGAUCUACGUCACUGUGGUGUUACAUUAUUGAGGGGUUAAGAUGAACUCAUAUAUUGCUAAUUACAACAGACAGUAUUGACUCGUAUAAACAUAAAAUGAAGUUACAAACAGUGUGAAAAUAACAUGUAAAUGCUGAAAAUUGGUGGUAUUCUCCUUUAAUGUUGUACAGGAAAGAAACAAGCAGGAGCAUCUCUUUUUUUUUGUUGUCUUGUUUUGUACAACAGUGAAGGCACUGGGACCGCAGGACAGGUCCAUGCAUGGGGCUGUGCCUCAGUGUGCUGCUCUUGAGGCCUGUGAAGGUGAAAACACACACACACACACACACACACACACACACACACACACACACACACACACACACACACACACACACACAUUUACAUACGUAACUACCACAUGAAAAAUUGCCCUAGGUGACAUCCUUAAAUUCCAUAUUUAUUUCUAGUUUCUAACUUUUUGAACACAGGAAGUGUUCAAAAGUAAAGUAGAAAGUAAAAGCUCAGAAAAUAUUGAAACAUGCUUGCUAUAAUUUCCAGUUGCCCAGUUUAAUAUAUUCACGUCACUUGUUUUGUUUCGACCCACAGUACGAAAUCCAAAAUCGACCCAUCGAUUAAUUAUUUCAGCUCUUCCACAUAUACGUACUAUAAAUCACACAUCUAGUCUCAUGUUGUACAUGUUUACACUUUACUGAUGCUGAGAUCUCUCCUGAGAAGUGUGUGUGUGUGUGUGUGUGUGUGUGUGUGUGUGUGUGUGUGUUGAAUCAGUCACAGAGCUCAGUCGCGAAGUCUUAGAGUUUUGUUUUGCAUUUCUGUUUCCUGCUCAGCUUUUCUUACUCUCGGUCUGAUGAUGUAUACUGCUAAACUAUACACUCUGCAGUGCCCUGUCUUGGGUGAUUCAGUAUUGUGCCAUGACCUGUUUUUGUUUAAUAAUGUACAGACACAAAAGGCAGGAUUUCUGUAUUAGGAAGCACUGUGCAUUCAACAGUAUAGGUAACAGAAAUAGAAGCACCACCAAUGUAUAAAAAAAGAGAACUUCUUACCUCAUUGUUUUUGUUUCUGCUAUUAUUUUCUAAUGGUGGCAAUGUGUGCCCUCUAAUUUGUCUCUUGCCUUGAUCGGAUGUCUACACAUAAAGCCUAUGAUCAUAGGAAAUUAUUUAUCACUGAAUAAAAAGAGAAAAAAAUGGGUG